AUGAGGUCCGUGAUUUUCUUCCUCUUUACGCUCGUGUGUCUGGGUGAUGCGAGAGGCAGCGAUGGUAUAUAAUCUUUUUAUGCGUCACAAAGUCGUUACUUUUAGAUCUACUGGUUAUUGCCCUCCGGGGGGAAGCGGAUGACGCUACAAAUAGGUUCCUGAGAUCUGCGAAAGUGUUUGGCUACAAAUUCCAGGAAAUUGACCUCUCACAAUACGGACGUACAACGGAGGAGGUUCCGGACACAGUGAAGACGACUUACCUCCGGAAUUUCCUUCAGACCCUUGAAGAAAAUGAGCCGAACUACGUUCUCGUGGUGGAUUGGUAAGCGGUAGUUUAGUAGUUAACCGUGUAAAUCCGAGUAGUAACGACUGCUGAUUGUUUAGCAUUAGUCCAAAUCAUUUUAUUUCCUUGUUACUAGCCAUUCAUCGAUCCUCCUCGCUCGUCCUUUGGAUCUGCUUGAUAAGGGCACUAGCAUGGGCUCGGACAUUAUACUCAUUGAAGAGGUGAGUAAAGUUAAAAAAACAGCACGGUAACUGAAGUGGGAAGGAAUAGAUCUAGUAUUUAAGCGACUUGAACAAAUAAAGUUUUUUAAUACCGGAUAGCUGACUGUGUUUGGGCACAGUGUAUGAUGCUUGUGAGUUGUCACAAAGUCUAGGGGUAAAAUGAUCACGAAGAUAAACCAGCUACUUCGACUCAGUCAGUAGCCUUAACAGUUUCACACUUAAGGCAGUUGAAGUAUUUCAGUGAUUCUUAACGGGAGUUUAUGUGUAUCACAUUUUUGUUAAACCAAGGACAAGAGUCUAAAGGACUCACAACUUGAGGCACAGCUGCUUUUCAAGGGUACUUUCGCAAAGACAAAACUCCUUAAAAUGGCGCUUGAGAAGGCAGAGGAUCCAAAGGACAUCUCACGCUCUCUGGUUGCCAUCCAGGAAGAGGUAAGAUGAAGAUAAUUUGUCGCACUUUACGCCUAAUUUGGUUCAUAUCAUUAAAAUAAUUUUUAGACAUUUACUAAAACGAGAUUCCCUUUUUCAGGAAUACUUUAAAUAAAGAUGUUAGCCAAGCAAAAUUUGCUAGUCUGUAUUAAAGUGGAUAGUGUUCUCGUCGGUGGCUUGCAGAAACAGAAGUAUAUGAUGUCGUUAUUUUCGUAUAACAGUGUCCCGACUAACACGCACAUUACACUUCGUCGAACGUCCGGAGACCCUUAUAAUUAGGAAUGGGUAAGAACUACCGGCGGUCAGCUGAUUACAGGCUACACACGCAUCUGUUUUUGGACGUCUAGCCUACAAAUCUGCCGGGAUUAUCAUGGAGUUAAAAUGAAUGGUUUGAAUGCUCACUAAACUUAACGUACUGAAAUCCCUAUAGUCUGCAAGCGUCGCCAAGAUGGCUGAGUCAUAUGAUAAAGAUGUAUAUGGUCUAAUUUAAUUCCUUAAAAGGUAUUACCCAAACGCGAUAGUUUGUUGAUUAGAUUGAACUUUCUAGCCCAUUCCCUUCCAUCGUCGUCUGCCAUCGGUCCAGCAGCACACAAACUGUCCUUAUUUCGCUGCUCUUAUUUUGGAUACGUUUUCGGCCAAAACACGACUUUGGAUUUCUUCCUAUCAGCCGUACGUAGUUGGCCACUAUCCUCCAAUUCGGCGUCGUCUUUUUUAAGUUUUUUUGAUACUAACAUAUUUUUUUAAUCAGACAUCUUCCAGAGAUUGAUAGUUUUGCUAGUCCACGGAUGGGGACCGGGCAGUGGUAAAAAUUUGAAAUGUAGGGACUUUUAAGUAUGGAAUCCAAUUUUCACAUCUGCUUGACAUAUGAUUUUAACCUGGAUUUCUUCGUAUUUUAUUGACCAGUUGGGUGCGAAGGUGACGAUUGACAGAGACUCUCAGUUCUUCCAGCUGGUCACAAACGCCUCGGGUAAAGCUCCCUAUGAAGAACAAACAACUUUAAAAAGCAUGUCUUUGAAAGCCCCUGUGUUUUUCUCGCUCGCGCAUGAUUUGUGGUCCUGUGCUCUAAGAGGUUAUUCGAAUAACCGUGUCUAAAAGGAGUCCAUCUCUUUCUUGUCUAGCCGAAUUGAAAAUUCGCUUCGAAUACGACCGCGGCUACUUGCAGAACACGCAUAAGGACACUAUUCCCGUCGUGGCCGUGGCGUCAUCCAAUGGGAAGGUAAGUUCCAGAUCUUUUCCGCCAACUUAGCGUCCUUCUGAUGAUUUGACCACAUCUUUGGGACUAAUUCCCGACGUCCGUUGGUGUCAUCUGUUCACACGAUGGCUUGCGACCGCGUGGCGUUUAUCGCCCAAUCAGCUGGUGACCUUGAAAGUCACUACGUGGCACGCACGCCCAUAGAUGGUUGUUUCGGUGUGCGGCGUCAGCAUCGGGUGCGGAAAAGCGCGCCUCAGAAGCGGCCGGUAAAUCUAUAAGCACAACCUACGUCAGCAGCUCCCACUUUGGGCAGAGUCAAACGUGUGGGCAAGCAUUUGUUCAACAGUUGGGCUUAUAAGUAGCCCUACUUCGAAGACUGAGGGACCGCAAUUGUUCAGUUUCUUCUGGCGAAACACAAGAACCUCGAGAGUAGCUUAUUAUCCAAGGACUGCGAACGAGACGGGCAGUAGUAUAGCAAACGAAACACCUCUUAUGUACCAUUUGAUGCGUUCGCACGGUCUUCAAAAUUGUGAAAAGGACAAAAGUUACUUUGGACAGCCCCCACCUGUGCUUGCAGGAGACCCGCGCAUUCAUCUGCCUAAACAGUUAUAAAAGACACCAAGAUCAAGUCAGAUGUUGUUAAGUCUUGUGUUACAUCCGUAUAAUGGUGGGCAUAAAUAGUGACUUUUUCCGCAACCGUUCUGAUUUCAGGUUUAUUCCGAAAGGGAAAAGAUGUUCGCCGUAGGCUGUCAGUUCUCUUUGGUUAGAUGGGUUGACAAUGUGUGAAGCAUUGACGGGCACACCGGAUGCCUAGCUGUCCGAGAUUCUUGUUCCAGUCUCGGAUCAACUGGCACCUAGUUCUCUUCUGUGGCCCCACGGAGUUCCACUGAGAGCAGUAUAGUGGUCGCAGACCAGUGGCUUUUUCGAUUAGAGGCUCAGUCAGAUAAGAGAAACCCGAAUACCCCUGUCCGUUAAAGCUGUUUGUGUCGUUUGAUUUGGUUUGAAGAGGAGAGACAGCAAUGCUGUGCCACACGCUGAACGGGACAUUGUGUCGGAUCAGUCGCUGUACUUAGAUGAACACUCAAUCUCAUCCAUACUCGCGUCACGAUGUGUUUUUGCGAAGAAAGUUCGUAAAGGUAUGCUGAUGGCGUAGGGAUUUUGUGGUGUCACAUGCCUCAGUGGUCACGGCGUAAUUACUCCGAAAACGAGGCUGCCGACCCAAACAUAGAGACGGGAUCAGAGUAAAAAAAGCACAUGACAAGAUGUACAGCAGACUAUUGGACAAGGACUGAAUUAGAGGAUGAUAAGCAAGGUAGAACAGGUGUAUACCUCCAAGAUUAAGGGGGUGGGAACAACAGAAGCCAGUUAAGGUAGACGGUUUGCAAGCGUAUCGCAUGAACUCUCGGACAGGCAGAUCAGCGAUACUGUCAACUAGUCUGACAAGAACGACGAUAGAGACGAGUGUCUGCUCCCAAGGGAAAUCAGCUUCACAGGGCCUAUGGUGGCGACAGGGCUGCUCUAGACGUCAUUUACUACGAAACCCGUGAAAUAUGUGGAGUACCAGCCGACCCGUGCGGCAGAAUGAUUUCAGAGAUACGCCGGUGGUAGCGAAAGUAGGGCCUACAUCCAAUUGGAACUUCGCCACUCCUCAUCUCAGACGUGACAGCUGUGCAAUUGGACAAGUCGGAAAUCCUGGACUGUUAAGCUGAGCACUAUCAAAGAGACCAGAACCGUCCAUCUUCAGUCUGCAAGGCGGCAGUCAUCAGACUUCUCCGAAUAAUUUUCAAUGCAGAGUUCAAUCAAACACCAAAACUGUUGCAGAUAAUAACGGGAAUACAGCAACUCUCCCGGCUUCAAAGCACCGAUCCCCGACUGAAUUCUCCUCCUGGUCUUCAUAAACAAUGUGCCAUGAUGUCUACACAAACUUGCUUAUCUGUUACAGAAUAUAUGCGAAUAGGGCUAAGUCCCAGGACUUCAACGACACGGCCAUUGAAUACUUCCAAAAACCCCACUGAGGGUGACUACCCGAACCUCUCCUGCCCCACGUUAUAGAAACAAUCCGCACUGAUAGCCUGCUUGACCAUAUGCCACUGCAUGUGGACGAAAGAAUGUUGAUGCAAACGAAGAGUGGAUUCCCCAUGCACCGUGGAGCCAGUAAACUAUCUUUCGACUCCGUCAAAUGCCUGUACUGCCGCCGUCGAUCAAACAAUUCCCUCAGCUACGUGAAAGGAAACGGAUUCUGGAGGAUUAUGAGACAGCAAUGACGUCAAAAAAUGCACAGCAAGCGAUAAGACGAUUCGACAACAAAGUGUCAACUCCUGUUGCGGUCAGUUGAACUGUUUUCUACGUCAUUGACGCAGCAGAGGGACUAUGCAUGUGUACGCAUUGCUUCGGCCCAUUUAAACUUAUGUUAUCUAUAAUGCUAAAUGACACUAGGCAGGACGAACAAUGAUAUUGAGAACGACUCUCGAAUCGUUAGAAAUCUACUCAAUAUCCGACAUAUGCAGACCUUAACGAGGGUUUCAGGGGGAAUGGUACACGAUCUACAGUUCGCCGAUGACUGUUGUUAGAAUCAAUGACCACAGUGAACGUACAAUCUGGCCUAUAUAUCUUAGCUCCUGGAGGCACCAGUUUCGUUUUGAGGGCGCCGAGAAGAAUGGUCAUGAAUUUGUCUGGGAUACCUGCCGGAUAAACUGGACACAUGAUAAUCGGCGAUGAUCAGAGUAAUCAAUGUGACCCAGUUCCCCUUCCUGUGGAGCACCACCUAAAUAGACAUGAGAGUUCGCGAAGAAACAGCCUACUGGACCUCUAAGUCAACUCUGCUAAAAUCCCCAGUCUACAAUCUUCAGGCUAUAAUAUUCAGUCGCAAAUGAAGACCAUGUCCUCAACACAGACUAGAGCUAUUCACGACCGUUGUUCUGACAACGCAUCUCAGUGUCCUGGAGGUCUGGAAAGUCGAUCGGAAUCAUGGUAGGGGGCUUCACCAGUUCUGCCUAGGCUGCCUCCGGAGGAUGGUGAAGGUGAAGUGAUAGGAAGGGAGUACUCAAACCCAAGUCAUAGAAUGAACAGGCAUGUUUGGCCUCUUUGCAAUGUUAAAGCAGAUCUAGCUUAGUUGAAGCGUCUACGUUAUGAGGGUGUCGGGUGUGCGCCUACUGAAAUGACCCUUCCGGGAUUACUUUUAUACAAUGUAAGUGACGUAAUUCGUGAGCCAUGCUAGCCGAAAUUGAACUUAUCAGAUCAGGCACCUUGAACAAUACGAAUUUUCCUCGUUGGCUUGUUGAUUAGGUCAGAGGAAACGCUUCAAAGAGAGGAUUAUGACAGGCGGACGUUUCUCCAUUGGUAACGGGUCGGAAGCUAACAUUAUUCUGGUGUAACUCCACAAACCUGACGGUCGACAUCAUCGGUGAACAAUGCUUACUUGUAUUAGACUAUGCGAAACUAAGUAUGAUACUCCGGGAAUUCAAGGCAGUCACCAUUAUUCAUCUACACAGGUUGACGAAAAAUCGACAAAUUUUUAAUAACCACUGAGGCAUUCCCUUAGUCAAUGCUGCGGAUUUAAGUUUUCCCGUCAGAUUUCAGACUUGGAAAAGGAACUCUUCCGGGGACGCAGGCUGAGCUCAGAAACCCCGUUGAACUAGUAACAUUACUUAGGCCGCCCGAUUAGACCUACAGUACUGCCGACUUACUUUUCCGGAGCCCUCCGAACUUUUACGGUCAUUGGGACAGCGAGCGGAAGCGGCCUUCUGAUGAUAAAAAAGUAGUUGUAGUGUCCAGAAGACUUCGAACACGCGGUAAGGCAUGUAGCCCCGCGUUUCUGACGAAGAGUCAAACCCAUCUGUCGAGUAUAUAACAGACGGGAUAACACAGGAUUUUGCACUUUUCCCCGGUCUCCUUACCUUCACGGUCCCUACAAUUCUAGGGAAGGCAGUCUCAACUAAAUCUAAAAAUGCAAAAUCAGCUAAGUAACCGACAAGAAACGUUUCUAUGCCUAAAGUAAAUAACUCUACUUUCCAAAAACUACGGAGUCAAUGUGGUCAAAGCGGCAGAGAUGCAAGACGAUUUGGGACUCUUCGUUUCUCCUCGCGAAAACUGCAGACUGACUAUGGAUAGGGAGAAGUCAGUUCUUAAGUUUCGGUCAGCGCCAAUUAGCGAAUGUGUGGAACCGGCAGGCCGCAUAAACGGGUUAAAUGCCAUGAAAUAUUUUGUCGUUCCGCGAAGAAUCAAAACAACCAGUAAGAUCAUGGGUCAGAACUUCAGAAACAGUCAGUUCUUCAACGAAAUCCAAUCUCCACUCCGAAAAACUGCAAUAUCCUUCACAAAACCAAAUUGAAGACUCGCAGAACCUUUGCUGCGAUCAUACUUCUCUAAUCUUAACCCUCGUCGAAUGAUUCUGCACAUGAAGAGACAGAGUGGAUCUCGUUAACUCACGUUAUAAGAUAGAUUAGCGUGCUAUACAUGAUUGCAGUGUGACAGCGGCUCCAACUUGGAUGCAGCCACGAAGUUAUGUGGAUAUCUGAUGGGAAGAAACUAGAGGGCAAAACCGAAAUGUAGGGAAAGAACCGCAACGUCCGCCAACUUCUUCCUGUGUCACCCUGUCGAGUUACACUCCAACACCUGAAUUAAUCCUGCUGGAGGCCCUCGCACCCAUCGUGACAACAGUACGCUUGUGAGCACCUUCCUUGCCAAUAAUAAAAGUAAAACCGAGGCAAUGGAAGUGCAACCAGGAGAAUGCUAAAAUAUUCUCUUUGCGACCUGGUUGGGCACUCUGCAGUCUACCGCCAACAUUUUCACUCCUUAGCCCACAAAUUAUGCUUGUAAUUUGAUGCAGAUGGCCAUCCCCAGUAAUGAGAAGCGAAAUAACCUAUGCAACUCACCUGUUUACUCGCAAAAGUAGGCGGCCCUGUUACGUCUGACAUCAAAUGGAAUCAGUGCGGUUUGCCUGGGUGGAGGGCCUAGUGCACACGUGGCACGCGACGGGAUGUCUGUGCCCCAAUUCAUUUUCAGUCGUCCUGACUCUGAGACAUGAUGAGUGUGGAAAGGGGAGAAGUAGGUCGGGGUUGCGCAGGUCUGCUUCUUAAUCCAACUCGAACACAAAUCAACCCUGUUUUCUGGGAUAUCGGUGGUUAUGGCCCCGUUCAUCGGACAAGCAGGGUGUGUGUGUGUGCUCGGGCGCUGUUUCGUGUAACCCAAAGUGAGACCAGCAUAUCUUUGCUGGACAACUGUUCAAGUGAAGUCUGGUUCUGGUAGAUUUGCGCAUCACAAUCUGAGGGGGAUGAAGGAAACCGUGUCGAGCUUCUGGCCGGCAACUGUGUGUACACGUUCAUCUCCAAACCCAUUACCUUACCCACGCCGUUGAAACAUGGUGGCGUGGGGAGGGACCGUCAGGUCGAACACGCGAGUUGCUGCUGGCUUCUUCUCCCGUAUGUGCAUGGUUUGAGUUCCCAAAAUGGGUUGCUUUCUACAGUGAGGCCUAGAUUGGUGCCAAACAUUCUAUUGCCUUCGUUCGCCAAACUUCAAGAAAUGUCAUGAAUACACCACAGUUCGUGUCGCUGACCGCGUGCAUUUUAGCUGGGGGUUAGAAGGGACGUUUUAAUGGCAGAUCCGACGUGCGCUGCUGAAUUUCGGACUGCAUACUUCUGCUCAUCUGGAUGGCGACGCUGUGGAUGAGUCGGCUCAGACGUGCUCAGGGGAAACAGGCACCGAAUAAGUUAAGCACCGCAAAGACAAACAAUUCAGGAACUGAUCUGGAAUUCACCGAGGGGCUGCACAAUUGAGUAGAAAAAGUGGAUUUUGAGGGGGAUGAAGAGGUUGAGUGGGACCGGAUAACCUUAAAGACUCAAAGUGCAUCACUGAAGUACUGGCCAUUGGAUCCACACGUCGACAACAUUGGGUUUGGUUUGAGGAGGAUUUCGAACAGCUCCAAGAAUACCAAUUCGGUGAGAAAGAUCAGAAUUGUCCUUAUUAAAGUCAUAUUCAUCAGACGCAGAUGACAGUUGCAAGAGCAGCACAGGCAGGGACAAACACUCAGUCAUUGGAAAAUGAAGUCCAAAGAUAUAGUGGCAGUGACGAAAUAAAAAGUCUAUUCCCAACCAUAAAGGUUGUCUACGACCGCAACCUACCGGCAUUUCGCCAGCACUCGAUGCUGCAAAAGAACACCUUUCCGGACGAGAUGAGAGAUUGUGGACAACUGGACAGCCCACUGUUGGAAGAUCCUCAAUCACCGGUCAUCAGCUUUGCAAGAGGAGAUAAACAAGCUACCAUGAUCCGAUCUGCCUACAAUCGUAUCGUAGACUAUCUGGGCAUUCUAACAACUCUCCUAAUUUAAGUUUAUUGAAAUGUCCAGAAGACGAGUUGGCGAGCAAACGUUGCUUUCGACAACUUCUCUUCAGUCAAGUACGGUUAUAUGAGAACGGGGUACAGUGAUUAAAAAAAUCGACAAAAGUUAGUUUCAGAAACAGGGGUUAGACAAGAACGGAAGGGCGCAGAAAGUUGUAUGUUGCGAGUCAACCUUUGACUACAGUAAGCGCGAAGCCUUAACGAGGUUCUUCUGGGCGUAGGGGGUCGGCUUUCGGAAUCUGAUGGCGGCCGCCACCCGGAUUUCAGACGAACUCACAAAAUCAGACGGCCCCCACAUUUGGUACAGACUGAUUAAUCAGAUUGAAUAGUCACAACGGAAAAGAGAAAUUCACCAAUAUGUUAAGUAUGCCGUCAUCAUAACCUUUAUAAACGCAAAAGAAUUCUGUGAAUCUGCUACAAGAGGACAUUUGCCUGCAUCCAACGUCAAGCCGCGAGAGUAUAUUUGAUCAAAACCUGUCAGAUGAAACGAGCAGAUCCCACAAAUCAUAGAGUCACCGACAUAAUUUUCUCCGUCCGACGAUAUAAGAAAAAAGCCCAGAAAAAGCCAACUGAUUUAUGAUGCCUUUGAGAAUCCCGCAUUUUUUCCUACCUCUGGGGCUAGGUAGGUGGUAGAACAUCUAGGGAAAUGCACGCAUAGCGCUGAAAAUCCAUUAUGAUGCAUAGGCUCACGUCCGUAACGGUGGGAAGUUAGACACCUUCGGCAUAACAAGUUAUGGUUCGAUAGCCUACUCUCUCCAGUCCUCAUUAGCCUCAAGCUAUCCGGUGAUGCUCAUUCGGCAAGGCAGGGGCAAGAAGCCUGGAUGUCUACCGACUGUUCUGUUAAGCGCCACAUCAAGUUACCUCCCCCUAUCUGGUUUUACGGACAUUCUUGACGGGGGGACAGUCACGGCGCGGGACAAUCGGGGCCGCCAACUAUCGCCGCGGCCGACGAAGAUGGGCGGGAUUCAGGUCACGGUGACAUGCGGGUCGGAUGCAGCCACACAGGCAGCAUUGGCGGGCCAGGCAUCAAACAAAGUGCGCCAUACAAGGGAGGCUGUGUGCAUGACUUCUCAGUCUCUAAAGAUGGGUAGAAGAAACGACUACCCGAAACGUCAGACCUCAAAUACACCUCUGCCGGUGAAUGCCUCCUUUUCUGUUGAUAUCCGGAAAUUCCAUGGAGGACCGCUGGAAUGCCGGGACAUCGUGAUAGAAUUUCAUGUCGUCACAGAAAAGGUAGGGGAGAAGACUGCCGUCUAGAAGGACAGUAUUUUGUGGUAUGAGGGUGGGUUGACUGUGUUGACAUUUCAGGCCACAGGAUAGUAUACACGUGACUCCGAGCAGAUAUUUUAUGAUAUUGAUUCCUGCACGCAACCCGAAGCCCCGUUUGGCUUCAACAAAGCAGACCCCGUAUAAGGUCUCGGACCUAUUUCAAAUAAAAUUCAAUGCGCUUGCGGUCUAUGGUUUGUACGCUGCCCCCGUAAAGGUUAAGUUUUUCCCGGUGUAGAAUCCGGACACUGUGGUACACACUGUCCCUGUCAGCUACUUCUUCCAACUGUAUUUCAGUGCAUUUUGGAAGGAAAUGACAGUGGGACUAGCAAUUUGAACUUCAUCCUCGGCCUCCCCUCUAAAAUCGAUUCCUGACGCCGGCAAACUUCCCCACGCCCAAGGAGUCAGGUCGUGCACUGCGUUCUGAUCAGUUGCAUAGCUCUCGCAUUCGUCUGGAAUGGAUGCCACUAGUAGAAUACUGUGAGGAAUUGAAAUAGAAAAGAAUCGAUAAUUAGUGCGCGAGAUUCCCUCUCCAAAUAGCUCGAGCGUCGCUGCCGAAGAUGUCCACCGUAUGCCCCACAGCAGGGUGAAGCAGAUGCGGUGACUUGCGCCUGAAUUAGUUUAUAGUGAGUGUAGACUUUCUAUGUGUCCACGGCACUCUCUCCUGCUCGCAACCUGGGCAGUAUAUUCAGACAGCCAAGAAGACCGGAGGUGGGAGACGUCGCAUGCGGACGGUAAGGUCGAGCCUGAAUCUUGGUGCUCCACUUCACUCCCCCUGGUCCACACAGCAAAUGACCAGAAUUUUAAUCAACAACAAAAAGGGAUUGGCGCGGCCGAAGACGCAUCCAGGCAUGGACUGAGUUUGAGCGUCGGUCAGCAGCCUUCUAAGCCACGGCGCUUGACGCACCGUGACAUUCUCAGACGCGAAUCACUCAUACGGCAGAGGGGCCGCAUGGGGACGGAGCUGAGACGCAUACUUCCCACUUGCAGUUGGCAGUUGGAUGCUUUUGGCUGUUUAUUUUGUGUUUUACAAGGGAGGGAAGAUGUGAUGGUGUGGUAUAGCCAGCGGUCGUCUACCGCAGGUGUUCGUGAAUGCGCAUGUGUCUCUGCGCGAUGGAUUUUCAAAUGACCGACCAGGCCGAUGUGUGAGGUGAAGGUGCGGUCGCAAUGAGGACAGUUAUGGAGCGAGUCCACAUCGCUGGUGGUGGCGGCGGUGAUAUUGAUAUUUGCCGAUGUGUUGGGAUUGAGUGCAGUGGCGGUGGGUGGAGGAGCCGUCGCAGUGGAUUUUGAGGCGAUGGAGGAGGAUGGAAGCGAGGGUUCAGGAGUGCGGUCAGUUUUGAUUGGCGGCGUGGAGGCGAGGCCGAGGUGGAUGGUGAGACAUCGGGUGAUGUCUUCCGGGUGCUGCAGUUGGUGUUAAGAUGUCAAAUUAAACCGAUUGAUGCUCGGAAGCUCCGAUGGCAUCGUGGGCAUGUGGGGGUGGUUGAGUGUUGGCGUUGUGAGGUGGGCGCAGUUGGGAUUUGCGAGCCUCGCGUUUGACUUUGGCUGCGGUGAUGCGGUUGACUUCGUAGAUCGCUGCGCCCGUCUUAACUGUCCCCCUCCAGGUCGGUCGGUCCCGGGCGAGGUCUUCUCAGUUGGCCGGGGCGAUUUGUAUGCGCUUAAGUGCGGUCUUCAGGCUAUCCAUGUAUCGCCGGACUUGACCUCCUCGUCGGCGAGAUGCCGUGACGACAUCUCCACGGAAGAGUUGUUUGGGUAACCGCCCGUCGUCCACGCGCAACAGAUGUCCACUCCAGCGCAAUUUCAAUUGACUCAGAAUAGAGUAGAUGGUGAGUGUUCCCGUCCGUUUCAGUACGCCCGUGUCCGGGGUCCGGUCCUGCCAUAUCAGAUUCAAUAUCCAUCGGAGAAAGCUGAUGUGGAAGUGGUCGAGUCUACGCACAAGCCUCUUGUACACCGUCAAAAUUUCCGCUCCAUAUAGCAGCAUCGGCAGGAUGACUGCUUUGUACAUCUUCAGUUUGGUGCUAAUUUGGAGACCGUGUCGAUUCCAGACGGCGUUUUGCAGAUAGCCGAAGGCUUGACUAGCUUUGGAAAUCCGGCGGGCCACUUCCUCGUCGAUUUUGGUGUUACGGGAGAGUGUGCUGCCCAGGUAGGUGAAGUUGUCCUCGACAUGCAGUUGGACGCCGUUCACGCUGAUUUGAGGUGUGACAUAGGCGACGUCGGGUGGUGGUUGAUGCAUGACCACCGUCUUUUCCGUGUUGAUGACCAGGUUGAAAUUGUCGCAGGAGGCGGAGAAGAGAUCCAUGCUCCUUUGAAUGUCCUCUUCAUAAGUGGCGUUGAGUUCACAGUCGUCAGCGAAGAGAAGUUUGUUGACAAUAGUUGCGUACACACGUGACUAAAUGUGCAUCCGCUGCUGAUUGAAGAGCUGACCGUCCGUUCUGUUGGUGAGGCGGAUCCCAGGGCGUUCGUCACGGUAAGCGUCCAUCAGCAUGGCAGAGAACAUGAGACGGAAAAGGGUAGGCGCUAGUACUUAGUCCUGCUUCACUCCGUUGGUCACUGCGAAUGUCUCUGAUACGACUCCAUUGUCGUGACGUUUGCUGUCAUGCCAUUGUGGAGCUGACGCACCAUCUGAGUGACUUGCUUGGGACAGGUGGAUUUCUGUGUGACUUUCUACGGCCCUUUGGUAUCCACUGUGCCAAAGGCUCUCGUCGGAUCGUAGAGGUGGGUCCGAAUCUCCUGACACUUCUGUAGUUGGCGGAUGGCAAAAAUAAUCUCGAUGGUGCCUUGAUGACGGCAGAAACUGCACUGGCUUUCCGGAGCCAUUAUUCCAGCUGGCUGUUGAGACGGUUGAGAAGGAUACGAGCGAAGAUCUUUCCGGCGAUGUUCUAUAAGGAGAUGCUUCGAUGAUUGUCGAAGAUUUGGAAGUUCCCUUUGCCCUUGUAGAGGUGGACGAUUGUGGCGUCCUAGAAAUCCUGCGAGACUUCUUGACACCACAUCUCCCGGAAUAUUGCCGUCAAAUGAUUCAUGGACAGUAGGGUACUAUUUGUCUUACCUGUGGGGAAGAUCAUCUUGUGGCCUCCUGUGGGUUUGCAUACAAAGCUUUAUCUUGGAGGUAACGAUGCGGCGAUCCGUGGCAAUUUCGACCGUGGGAUAAGAGAGUAGCGUAAAUUAGAGGCAGAGGCGAAAUGCGAAGACUAGGCUCGAAGGAGUGAAAAGGGGCCUUCCUUCCAUUCACUAAGUUGGCAGCUGGCUGAGUAUUGGUGGUCUCCUAUGAAAUGGCAGUCGGAGACUCAUCUCGGAGUUACCGAGGCAGUGAUCCAUCCGGGAAUCGAUGGUGGGAGUGUAGACGAGGUACAGUGUGUGGAGAUGUACACAGGGAUACCCUUGCCUGGUUUAACCUGCCGAUCGAGGCGGUUACCGGGAUGUAGCCGCUAGGCAGAGCUUAGCUUAGGGGAGCCACAUGUGAGAAUUGGGUGCCAGUUAGUGGACGCUAGGCGUAGCCUACACCUGCAAGUUAGUGCGCGACCUAUUAGGACCAUCACGUGCUCUCACAACUGGACGCCCCUACACGCCCCCACCCGAAAUAACAAGAAAAUCACGGGAACAUUAGCAGUGUUAACGGUGUGGUGGUCUCCCGCGAAAAGAUGAUUACUUACAUCGGAAUUUAAGAUUGGUUGACCGGGAGCUUCAUCAGGGCUUCUAAAAUUUUAGCAAACCCGUUGUAUUGGCCGCUAAUUUUGCUUUUUUGUGAAACGCCAAAAGCAAUUAAAUAAGAAACAGAUUUUCCUUCUUUACACCGAUUUCCUGGGAAUAGACGAUAAAAUUGGCACACGCUGCAGUCCACUUUUAUCCCUUGGUUAUACUUUCAAACAGUUUGUGUGGUGUUCGAUGAGCCCUGUAAUCUAAACAGAGGGGAAAGAUCUCAUUCUUAUAUGAGUAAACCAAUGAGAUUCCCGUGUCAAAGGAUAUGCAAAGGCAUUGUUGGGUUACAUAACAUAAACAGUUAUCGAAUGAGCUAAGCUGUCUUAUGUGCGUCAUUCGUGUCUAAACAGUUCCAAAUCGUAUCUAUAAAAGGGUAAUUUAUGCAGAACAUCAGGAUUAAGAGCUUUAAGCAAUACGCCUAGUGAAUUCUUCAUCCAUCUGUACCUUAAGUAGAUCAUUUAACGGGGAUGGGAUGAAACGCUAUUCUUCAAGAUCUAGGGCCUAUUCCUGGGAGUCAAUACUUGUUCAUGUGCUAAAAUAUUCAAAAAUCUUCCUGCUCAUAAUUCAGCGCCGCCUCAAUUCGUUGGGGAACUACGUUGCAAGGGCGUGGUCGCCGGAGACCGGGUGCCAGAUCUGUGAUGAAGACACGCUUGACCUUUCACUACACCCCGUAAGUUAAAAUUCUGUUUAGCAUGCUUGUUCGUCAUGGCUAUGUGGCCCCGGUAAUAUUUGUGAUUUCAUUCUUUACCAACUGAAGUCAACAUAUAUGUUAACACCUAGAGCAUCGUAGCAAUCCCUAUCAGUUAUAUUCGCCGCGCUGUCAACGUAGUCGGGCCGUCAAUCCUCAGUGGAGUACAUCUCUUUGACCUGCAUCAUAGACUAUAAUAGAAUGGAAGGUCGAGCUGGACAUGGUAAUUGCAUUUAACUCCUCCACUGUGUGUUUAUUUGCAGAAGUCAAUGUAUCCCAUCAUCCAAAUGAGCAUUUUCAUUUCUCAACCAACACCGUUCCUGGAGCGUUUCUUCAAACGUAUUGCUGAACUGACUUAUCCCAAGGACCGCAUUCAUCUCACUACACACUGUCCGGUAAGUAAAACGGUUACUCGCUUGAAUAACGGUGAAGUGAGGUCCGAUAAAAUUAACUAUAACCGGAAUGGGCUCAAGCACUUGCUAUACACUAGUUUAACUCGUACUACUGAGGGUUGUUUGUGGAAAAACGUGCUUGUCAAAACAACGCUGAAAAUUGUUUGGCAGUUGGGCAGUAACCGUAUCUAAAAGGAGCUAAGACAAAGCUAGUUAGUUAAACCGUUUUUCUCCACCAGAAAUCGUGUCUGCCUUCGUCAAAAUACCCAUUAAUUUUCAAUAGUCUCCUCUGGGCAAUUAGACGUAUUCAUCCGAGGGAAAAGAUAGUUGGGCUGAUCUUACUGAAUAAGCAACAUCAAUCACAGUUCUACGCGGGCAGACCAAUUUGAUACGAUUUCAGACUUUCCUAAUCAGAACAUUUUUGUGACAUACUACGGAAAGUGGGGUAUUCUGAAAGCCAGAUAACUUGUGUUCCAAGCGGGAUCUACCUGCCGAUCUUCAAAUUUCGUGUCGGGUGUUUGUGAAUGUGGCUAUGGCGAGAACACCUGUCAGCUGAGCGAUCAAUCUACGUUUGAUUAAUCCUAAGGUUUGUCUUAUAGCCUCAACAAAGUCGGUACUCGAACUGAGAAGCAGGUUCGACUUGCAGACUGGAAAUAAAGUAGUGUCGAUUAUUCGCACGCUUUACGACACGCCGCCAUAGUUCUGUCAAUAGAUCGGGCGGAACGAAAUCAGGAAGUCGGCGUUCAAGGUUAGUCAGUAAAAAAGUUGACUUACUGUGCAAGUUCCCCAUCUCCCAUUGUCAGCCUUCAGAAAGUUAUUGAGCGUCGCCUUGAAGAAAGAUCCAUACAUCGAAACCGGCAAUGAAGCGCUAUUACGGUAGGUCAACAGUCCUCGUUAUUGCAUUCAUAGUUUCUUCAUCGAUUGUUUUCAGCGGUUGUUUCCUUCGCCGACAUUGCUUGUGCCCUGGCCAGCCGUCACGGCGGCGGGAAAAUCUCGUCCACCAGGCUUCUAGUGGUGGACACUUCCCUGAUUAGUUCUCAUUAACUUUCUUCACCUUCUCCGGUCGGGCCUUACCGUCACGGCUAGCAACUCUUCCCUUCUAGGCUAAGAAAGGAGUUGCGAAUCCCUCCAAACCACUCGUUCCUCAGUCGCAUUUUUUAAACGUAAGGUUUAAGCUGAAGAAGGUUCGAUAAACAUAAUAUACUGCGAAAAAGUAGGUGCGACCAAUAAAAGUAAUUAACUUAAAAACUAUUGAAAGGGUACAUUUUGGAGGUUUUCGUCUAAAAAAGGCAAAAAUGUGAAUACUCCUUUCAUUUCUAAGCCUUUAUCCUGUAGGUCAAAAGGCAAAAGAAGUAUGUCGACGCCUUCCUCGAAAAGUACGGAUCGGAGUACCGUUCAGUUGAGGAGCUCGAUGGCGAUAAAUACUAUCAAAUUAACAGUGGCUUCACUAUCGCAACGUAAGUAUCUCUAAUCGGCCACUCGUUUCAUCUAUUAAAGUAAGAUCUUUCAGCAGGUACAAUUUUUGCUGAACUUCGACCCUCCUUAUCGCUGCUUCUUGAAUACUACCAACCAAGCCACAAUGGCGUCAUAUUUUUAGCACUUGCCUAUGCUGCCUUUUCUGAUGUGACCCUAAUAAAGAUGACUUCGUCUCCGAUAGAAAAUAAAGCUUUUCGCACUGCGCAUAUUAACUCAUGAUAACGUGGUAACAUUAUACUCAUGAAGUUCAGUUACUUUACUACACAAUUGGAUUUCCUACUUUAACGGACUGCCUUCUAUGUUGCUGUGGUUUAUAGGUCUAGGUGCUUAGAAAAGGAGGAGUGUUGGUACUUCUUCCUCGUCGAAGGCACUGCCCAAUUCACGGAGCCCGAAACUAUUGAAAAACUGGUGACAGCUAACCGCGGCAUUGUGGCGCCAAUGAUGCGUCGACGCGGCCUCUACUGGUCAACGUUCUGGGGUGCUGUGCACGCGAAUGGAUCGUACGAGCGGUCUGAUGACUACUUCGACAUUGUCGAAAACCGAAAAACGUAAGCAUUUGACCUCUUCUCUAGCUAAGCAUAAAAAGAAGGAUGCAUACCCACAGUUUGGGAUGUGCGCCUGUGUGUCGCCGAGACAACGCGCUAGGGAGACUGCUGUGUGGUUGUGAACUCAUUAGGAAAUUCACUAAGAAAUGAAAGCGCUGCUUGCUUGAAGCGUUUUCGUUCACUUCUAGGUUGCCUAGGUCUUAUUCGUGUAUUUGUAAUGUGGAACGUGGGUUCCCGUCACAAUAAUUGAAAUGCCAUUGCCCUUUUUGGCAAAACAACAGAUUUUUUGACAACGGAGUGGCAGUCCUCUCAUAAGAUGAAAAUAACCCAAAGGGUUCAUACUUUUUUACUGGACAAUACCCACUAUAGUUCUUUAAGAAAAUUGGCAUUUUCAACACCUCAAAUCUGAGGGAGCCACUGGUAUCCAUGAAGACGAAAAAUGUGGCAUGUCUGGACGUGGAUGAUGGUCUGAAGGAAUGUGCACGUACGCUGCCAGGAACAUGUCUGCUUCCAUUAUGCACACACGCCAAGUCUUUGCUUUCUUAUUUCCUAAGAAAAGUGAUUCUUUACUUGAAAAUCUGUUCUCACUUACCUUACAGGGGUCUAUGGAAUGUGCCUUUGGUGGGAACGACAUGGCUGGCUUCCAGGUGGGCCUUGAUGCAAGUCAGAGGUGCGGAAAAUGAUGAGAGCUACCUCUACGGUUCAAUCGCAUCGGCAGCGGUUUCCAAGGUGUGUUUGGCGGAUGCACAAGAGCGCAUUGUGGUAUUCCUACACUGUUUUCUGAUAAUAAUAAUAAUAAUAAUAAUAAUAAUAAUCAAGGUGGUAUGCGAAUUCGGUUCGGUAUCAGAAUCUGAAUGUGCGCAACCUGGACUAAUUCCGUAAUCAGAUUGCCCUUUGCAAUUCAUUCUCUCUCCCCUAUCUUUGGUACAACGCCUUCCUUACUAUAAUCUCUGGUUGCUCAGCUCCUAGCACCUACUGACGGGAUGAGCAACAGAUGCAUACCGUUCUAUACUAUCAUCGCGCAACGUUUGCACGGUAGCGGUGCGGACUGCUUGUUUGUAGGAAAUCUAAAAUUAAGGCGGUUGAGAGUUUCACAGUAAAAAACCAAAGAUAACGCAAAAACUUUAGACUCUUCUCAUAGGGUAUUAAUCGGGCAAUCAUAACUGAAAACCCAAGAACGAUGGACCUAUUAACGUUUCAUGUGGAACCUUUGAAAAUGAGGAAAUAUCGUUUACCACUUUUCUUCUCUGCUUUAACUGCCCCUUUGCAUGAAUUUCACAUUUACGUGCUUUCGUUGUAGAACGUCUUCAUGUAUGUGGACAAUAGAAUCGACUACGGUUACUUGACAAACCCCAAUUCUGUCACCCUCGAUCACCUGCACAAUGACCUUUGGCAAAUUUUCGAUAAUCCGUUGGUAUGUAAAGUGCUUGUUUUAUUGAUCCUACAUAUCUGACUGGUAAUUAAAAUUGUGCCAAUAAUGCGAACGAGAACCUACUGUACACCAUCAAACCGGGGACUGGUGUUUGAUAUAUGUUUGCUAUUGCAGCAACUUUAUAAAGCAAGUCAGUUUAUACUACGUCAAAGGGUUUAGCAGUUGGAGCAACUUUUAAACAUUUUAUGAUUACAAUAAUUCCAGUUUUCUCCUCCAUAUUAGAGCGGCGUCGUAAAAACGCAGGAAACGCCUAGUCAUCGCCUGAAGUAGAACCUUAAAUGCAGUCAUUGGGACACGGGCCAUACGGUAGACCCAAUGACUGCAUUUAAGGUCAUAUUUCGGGCGACGACUGAGCGUCUCCUGCUCUUUGCCGAGGCCGCUGCAAUACGGAGGAGAAAACCGGAACUCUAUAAAAAGCUGGAUUACAAUAAUCUCUGAUUUUCCGAAAAUGCAUCAAAUUAGGACUAGGAGGAAGUCUUUGAACUCGAUUUCUCGACCAAUUUAUGACUAGAAACUGAGCAUAACAUUCACAUAUCUAAAACGAGUGAAAUGAUCUGCGUUUCCUUGGAUUUGCAACAACCGGCAAAUGAAGACGUGGACAAAGUGCUUCAGGCCGAACGGUAUAAAAGGGCAUACACGCUGAUUUCCGCCCAUGAAGGCAUUGCCGGCACCACUGCAAAUCAGACGUCUUAUGUCUCAAGAACAAACCAUCUCGCUUGAUGUUCAACGGUUUUAUACAUUGAAAUGCUGACGGGUGGUGCUCCCAAGCCCCUACAUAUUAUAUACACUCUCUCUCCUACGCGCCUUCGACGACAUUCACUCAGUAACUAAUAGAGCAUGCUACCUAGGAACGCUUUUUUCGGCGGGGUUAUCCAUUGAAGUCCAAAUCAGGAACACAGCCUAAUAAAGGCUUAUUAGGGGGUUGCACGCAGUCUGCCCAGUUGUGUGUGUCUGUGUGUAAUAGCGGACUGGUGGGAUAGGAGAUAAGGGCCUUCACGGCUCCGUCUUAACCGGUCUGUGACACUCUCGGGCAUGUGAGGAGCGUGUGCGUGCGUGCUUUAUAGGUAAUGCCUCCCAGUUAACGACUGCUUGGUUAUCCAGCACUGAAAGGCGACGGCCAGGCUACCGCAUGGCCACUUGCCACGCUUCUGGGCCUAAAGGUCUGAAAACCUCUGCUAUGCUAGGAUCAGCAAACCCUGGCCCUCACAGUCUGAUAUGCGCGGGCGGUUCUCUGGCACCUGGGUACCUGCCGGUAGGUGUGCUUGCGCUCCCCCUGGUUACACAGGUCGUAAGCAUGGCUGCCCGGCCAUCUUCGUCCUUCUGAGCCGCUGUGGUGUUGUUGUUGUUGGUUAAAGUCCUAGUUAAGUGUUCGCUGUGGACCAGGGGGUGUGAAGUGGAGCGCCAAGGUGCGCACCAGCCACGCCAGCCAUUUGCGUCCUCUCCAGCCUCCGGUAUUCUUGACUAUGUCUUGACAUCGGGCCCAGGUGGGGAGGAGGAGAGAGUGCGGUAGAUGCAGCGAAAGUCUACACUCACUAUAAACUAAUUCAGGUGCAAUUCACGCUGACUGCUUCACCUUGCUGUGGAGCACACGGUGGACAUCGUCGGACACGACGGCCGAACUGUCAUAAGGCGGUUUCAAUACUACUAUGAAACGGUUCUAAUAAUGGCGAUUUUAAGUGGGUGCAUCAUACUUUAACUUGCCACACUUAACUAACAUUAUCUCCCUGGGCUUAUUCUGAUUCUUUUCUGACAGAAAGCUACGCUGCGCCAUUAACGGACUAAUGUACGUUAUAAGGCAGUAGAGGUCGAUGGCAGCAGAUUACUGCGUGUGUAUGCAGGCCAAAGAAAGUAGACUUAACACAGAAGGCGAAUAUCCAGUGUCAAUUAUAUAUGGAUUCUGUUUAUCCCGGUGUAGACCCAGUUAGUCCAUGGUGCGCUUUUUAUUCAUUGUAGGACUGGGAGGAGAUCUACAUUCAUCCGGAGUACCAUCGUUGGGCCAGAAAGGAAGUAAAAAUGGAAGAAUUUGAACAGCCCUGCACGGAUGUUUUCUGGAUUCCCCUCAUGUCUGAGGUAUUCUGCAAACAACUGAUAGAGGAGAUGGAGCACUACGGGAAGUGGUCAGAUGGUAGUAACUAUGAUCCCCGUCUCGAGGGCGGCUACGAAAAUGUGCCCACUAGAGACAUCCACAUGAGGCAAGUUGACUGGGAAGACCAUUGGAUUCAUGUCCUUCGCAAAUACGUAUACCCCAUUCAGCUGAAGAUAUUUGAAGGUUACUCAGAUAAGGUAGGUACCAUCCCACUCGUUCUGAGUACUCUACUGAUUUUAGACUUGACAGGGUCAGUAAUAUGUUUUCCCCUUCUGUCUUAUUUACCUCCUCGCAGCCCUGGGCCCGCAUGAACUUUGUUGUUCGCUACAAGCAGGGCGAACAGCCUUCCCUUCGUUAUCACCAUGAUGCAUCCUCCUACACUUUGGAUAUGGCUCUCAAUCGUGCGCAUGUGGAUUACCAGGUAACAAUUUUGUGCAAAACCCUGCAUUUUACUUCUUUUCGGUUUGCGAUCGUUUUCAUUAAAAACAAAAGGUGUCGUUUCCUGUUCGCCCCCAGCUUGUUAUUUUGAUGAAUGCGAAUGCUCUUCGAUAUUUAGGUGGUAGCUACUGGUGGCAGUGCCCCUUGGAUCAGCGACAUCAUAAAAAUGGCCUAGCAGAAUACAUCAUAUUUUCAGUUUCUGACCAAUUGUGGAGGGAUCCAAAACACAUGUACAGUCGCGUAUGCUUGUGAGUCGCUAAUACACACGUCCAAGAACGGCGCACUUCCCAUCAGGCUACUUGUAACCAGGGGUUGACUUCGUUACUACGGCCAAGCAUCGACUGUAGUUGUGCUUCGCAGUGGCUGAACUGUAUGAAUAGAUUAGAACCACUUUUUUGUCCUCUCGGUAGUCUGUCAGCAUUUAGACCUUCCGCCGCCAGUCGCGUUAAUUAACGCAGAAAGUAAUAGCAGACAUUAAAUUACAUUCCACAGUAUCAUAGGCACUUGGACUACCGUAGGCCGGAUAAAUACACGUCCGGCGUGCAACACGGUUGGCGGCAAAGAGCCCUCGAAGUGACCCAUUUAAACAAAAACAAUUAUUCAACGCUUCUAGCGUUGGCAAAGGUGUCUGGCAACUAGGCAUGCCUCUGCUUCGCCGAUGUUGCGCUACGUAUAAACGCUUUAUGCGGGCACAGGGUUGGUUGACUAACCGUAUGGCCACUGCCUCUGCCGUUGAAAGUAUCCGCUGACACAGGAACUGGGAGUGUCUCACGGGGACCUUAUAGAUGACUCGGAUUGCUGGGCUGACGUCUACCUGGUGGCCGCUGUCAACCAAGUGAGCCGCAAUUGCACUAGAGAUGGAAUUUUUUCGCACCGUGAUUUAGCUAGGCAGGAUAGUGCUCUCGCAUCAGCCUGGAUAGACGCCUACUUGUUCGACAAGUAUGACCUGCCCCACAGGAGCAGGUGAAGACGUAAAUGUUGCCUAAAGAUGUUCAACCCUUCGAUUAAUGUACAAGUAAAAGAAAUUCAGUUACGCAAAAGCUUUUCUUAAUUAAACCGAUUUGUUGACUUCUAUUUGAUGAUCCUGGUAGACGCGGUUUGAGGGCCUUUGAUUACUGACUUUCAAGGCCCUGUUAGCCAAGGCGCUACUAGAUGCCUUCGAAAUGUAUCUGCCAUAUUACGAUCAGUAAACCCAGAUCCUCACAGUGUGGUAUGUGCUGGCGGUUCUCUGACACCUGUUUACCUGCCGGUAGGUGUGCUUGCGCUCCCUCUGGUUACACAGGUCGUGAGCAUGGCUGCCCAGUCAUCCUCGUCCUUCUGAGCCGUUGUGGUGGUGUUGUUGUUGUUGUUGUCGGUUAAAAUCGGGGUCAAGUGUUUGUUGUGGAUCAGGGGGUAUGGAGUGGGGCGCCAGACACUUGCGCCCUCUCCCAUCUUCGGUUUUCUUGGCUACGUCUAGACACCGGGCCCAGGUGGGCAGGAGGAGAGAGUGCGUUAGAUGCACCGAAAGUCUACACCCAUUAUAAACUAAUUCAGACGCAAGUCACCGUUCCUGCUUCAUCUUGUUGUGGAGCACACGGUGGACAUCGUCGGUCACGACGGUCGAACUGUCAGACGUCUUAGACGUUUCACACCUAUGACAUAAUCGGAAUCCAAGAGGUAGACAAGCGUAACAUCGAGGGUACUGCCCCUUUGAGAAUGCAUGUCCACUCUGUUAUCCUCCAAUGUUAACCUCUACCUUAGAAACAUUGAUGGAGUGGGAGAACCUCCAACACAUUGCUGACUUAGAGACGCAGCGUGGUUUCACGCUGAAGCAAGCAAUGCUUUCAGCAAAACGCAGUCCAAAUACGCAACACGGCAUUACGAUCGCAGAGAUGGCUGAUGUACAGUAGCCCUAUGCAACUCGUAAGGUCGACCAUUAACAUCAUCAGGUUUACGCAUGAGUUGGAUAAGCGAAUGCAGUGCAAAAAUGUUCACAUAUUGCUAGUAGGUAGCGCCAUUUUGCUCUCCUGUAACUUCGCACUGCGAGGUGUUACCAACUAAGACAUAAUUCGAACUGAAUAAGUGGAUAUGUGUGUUAUGGCACUUGCUGCCCCUGCGCAAAAAUCUCCUUUUUUGCGUGUCAACACCGUUACCAUUCAACACUUCUCUCUGCUGAAAGUGGGUGAGAUAGAGAACUGCAUAUUCCAUUUACCAUUGACAAAGCAGGAAUUUUCCUUUGUAGGGCGGAGGUGUGCGAUUCAGUCGCUAUAACUGCACACUCGUGGACACACGCGUCGGCUGGCCACUCAUCUUUCCGGGUCGUCUGACACAUCUGCACGAGGGUCUCGAGGUCACCUCGGGAGUCCGCUACAUAUUUGUGACAUUCGUUAACCCCUAG